CGGGCUAUGUCGAAAACAAUUUUGUGCUGAUAACAAUUACACAGUUAUUGAUUUAUUCUCUCUGUCAAAGGGGAUAUUUGCUUCCAGGUGAAAAGACACAGUUUAUAUUCAGUCUGUGCACUGGCUGCAACCAAACAAGACAGCAGUAUGGGGAUGGGAAUCAUCUUGUUUUUCCUGAUGACAGGUACUACGGUGAUAUGUUCCAUCCACAAUGAAAAGGACAUUCAGCCUGUUCAGGACCCGAUACCACAAAAUGCUGAAGAGCCAAAGCCUAUUCGCUUAGUCCGUAAGAAGAGAAUGUGGGUUCUGGUGCCUUUCUCUAUUGUGGAAGAAGAGGAAUGUGAUUAUCCUAAAUUUGCGGUAAAGAUCAACCAUCAGGACACAAAAGACCAAAUCAUCAAGUUUAAAAUAAGUGGCCCUGGAGUGGACAUGCCACCAGAAAUGGGCUUGUUUAAACUUGAAAAAGACAACGACUUGGUCAUCACUCGCAAAGUUGAUCGAGAGAAAGUAAAGGAAUUUAAGGUGAAAGUUGACGCCAUGAAUAAUGGAAACAUCGUCAGUAAAAGUAUGACCUUUCAUGUUAAAGUAAAAGACAUUAAUGAUAAUAAACCGACCUUCAAUCAAUCAUUCUAUACAGUCAAUGUUCCUGAAAACACUCUUGUUGGUAAAAAUUUUUUCAAAGUUAACGUCACGGACGCAGAUGAGGAAAACAACCCCAAUUCGCAAGUUUCAUAUCGGUUGGAUCCUCAUGCACAAUCAUCUGAAUAUUUUAGCCUUGAUGAGUUCGGAUCAAUGAGUCUUAAACGCUGCCUGGAUUAUGAGAAGGUUAAAUCUUACACUAUUAUUGUUCAUGCAAAUGACCAUGGAAGUCCAAAGUUGUCCUCCUCCGCAACUGUGAACAUUAUUGUUAAAGCUGCUAAUAAGCAUCUCCCUGUUUUUACGGAAACCAGUUUCACAGCUAAAGUCUCUGAAAAUGAUACAAAUGUGGUUAUACGACGAUUAAGUGUUACUGACGCUGACCUUCCCCACACACCGGCCUGGCGAGCAAAGUAUAGUAUCGUAGAAGGCAACGAAGGAGGAUACUACAAGAUUGAAACUGAUGCAAAAUCAAAUGAUGGAAUUCUAACGCUUAUAAAGCAUUUGGAUUUUGAAGCUGGUCACCAAAAUCAGCUGAAGAUUACUGUUGAGAAUGAAGAACCGUUUCGUACUUGUCUACCUACUUCGAGGAGAGGAGAUGAGUUUGCACGUGUAGCAGUCAUUGUGAACGAUAUGAAUGAUGCCCCUGUAGUCAAUCCUCCCGAAAUACGUAUAGUCAAAAUGGAAGGUCUCAGCCCGGGAAAUGAAUUGGUUACAUUUACUGCUACCGAUCCCGAUACAUUAUUUAAAAACAAAAUCAGAUUCGUCAUUGCGUAUGAUCCUGAUGGUUGGGUUACCGUGGAUGAAGAGACGGGUAUAGUGACAAAUGUACAAAAACUGGACCGAGAAUCGCCUUAUGUGAAGGACGACAUUUAUAAAGUUAUUGUGCAUGCAGUUGACGAUGCUGCACCACCACUCACAGGGACCGGCAUUUUAAAUAUUUUGCUGAGAGAUGUUAAUGACCACAAACCAUAUUUGAUAUCUUCGUACAAAGAGAUGUGUGAUGAAGGAGAUAUGAGGCAGGUCAUACUGACAGCAGCAGACAAUGACAUGCCUCCAUACAGUAGCCCAUUUACCUUUGAGCUUUUGGACGAUGAACACAACGCGAAGGAGAAAUGGAAAUUAGGCAAAACGACUGAUAACACUGUUGAAUUUAUGAGGAUGUCAGAAGUUCCUAUUGGAAACUACACCAUAUUUUUAAAUGUUCGUGAUCAACAAGGCUUGAGUAAACGGAACUUUCUCAAUCUACGGGUCUGUCACUGUGAUGAUAAAAACGCCUGUCCUGAUGCAAUGCAACCAACAGCUAGGUUGGCUAGUCAUGCGAUAAUUGUUCUCUUUGUUGGCUUCUUGCUUUUAUUAAUUAGUUUGCUCUGUUUGCUCAUCUUCAUGAAUAAAGAGCAUUUUAAGCCACAAAAGAGCUACCAAGAACCCAAGGGCUCACUAAAAGAGUAUAAUGAAGAAGGAGGUAUUCCUGUGGAUAACGAAUUAUUACCAGGCGUGUGGAGAGAGGAAAUUUACCCAGGGUUUUGCCCUGCCAAGAAUCAAACCAAGUUUGAUUCCGAAUACCAUAACAGGAAACAAUUGGAAACAUUCUUCCAGCAGAAUAUUGAAUUACACAAUAAUAUGGACGGUGUGAAUUACAAGCCUCACAGUUACUUGUGUGAAGUUGAAGAUCGCACAGUGCUACAUCUUAAUUGUCUCAACAAGGCUGAAAGUGUUGUGGAAUCCAAUUACCUGGACAACACAGGGUCAUCAUUUGCACCACUUGCAAAUGUUUCUCAGCAAUAUAUCAAAUGUUGAAUUCCACUGGCACAGAAAGGAACUUUUCCCAAACUGAAUUACAUUCUAUGCCACAACAACAACAAAUUACUUUCAUAUUGCAAUAUCUGGAGGACGUCGCAAAGCUUUGGACAGUCAAGGGUGUGCAUCCGAGCUGGGGGUUGGCAUCAGGAGGAAUGGAUGAAGGAGGCAGGGAGGGUCGGUUUAGGAGGGUGACCAAAGGCACGAUCGAAGAGGAAGGUCUUGCUAAUGCCAGAAUGGCAAAUUUUACAAAUUGCUUUAUGAGACUUCCGUGCUCAUCUCGUUUCCCCUUCCACCCCCUUCCCCUUGUCUUAAUUCAUUGGUGGAGGGUUUAACUUAUAGUAUUUGUUAUUUGCAACAAGCAAUAUGUAUGGAAAUGUUCCCAAGUGUGUAAAGGAACUGUUACGGGCAAAUCUUAACCUUUUUAGAAAUUUGUAGCUGGAAAUAUGGAGUACAUAUUUUGCUUUAAUUUCCUCCAUUUAUACAAAUUAGAAUAAGAAAAGUUUGUGUGCUAUUCUAUAUUUACCUUUAGUGUUGCAGUGAUAAAAAAUUUCAGAAUCUAUCAAAAAAGGUAAUAUUUUACCCUUAUUAUAGUGACGGGAACAUUUUAAAGUAAGAAUGAGUAUAAUUUUAAUUAUCCUUUGUAAUUACUGUAUAUUGUGAUUAUUUCAAAUUAUAUUGUAAUAAAUGAUUAUCUC